AUGUGAUGAGGGUAAGUUCGCGAUGUACUGUUCACGAGCUCUAAAUCGCUGUCUGAAAGUGGGUGGACGAACAGAGGGUCCAAGCAAACUGGAGACAAUUUCCAUUUUGGUUAUCGAUUUUGAUGGCUCUACGGAUAUUGGAGCUUGCUUGUCGACACUGUGUGUGAAAUGUGGUUUGCGACCUGCGCUGUUAAGUGGUUAUGCUUUAUAUGUCGAGGAUCCAGUACAACCGGAUCGUUAUCUUCUCUUGAAAAACAAGCAAAAACUAUGCGACUGCAUAUCACGAUGGGAACGGGAACUGAUGGACAGUAAGUGUGGGCGCGUUACGGAAGAUGUUGCACGAAUAAAAUUAGCACUUCGGCAUCGGCAGUACUGGAGUCAUCUGGUUUUGUCAGAAACAUCAGCCGAACGCACAUUUUUGGUGCAUCGAAUGGCGAACGAGAUUGUUGCUGGAAGGAUACCAGUAAGUAGUGAGCUAGGCGAAGAAUUAGCAGCUGUUUUCGCUCAGAUGAAAUUUGGUGAUUUGAAGACGAUGACAGAUGAGCAGUUUCGCGAAAUAAUAACAUCAUAUUACCCCGCCAAACUACUUGAUGUUGGUUGCGAAAGACCCAUAAGGUUUAGUGCGCUUUUUUCAUCUAUUUACCUCCCAAUAACGAUCUUGUUGCCGACGGCCAUUUCAUGCAGUAUUGCUAUUAUUGUUGUUGUUGUUGUGGAUAAACGAAUAUUUGUUAGGCUGAAUGUUGAGACAAACUGGUCGGAGUUACGUGGUGAUCUCAUCAGAAGUAUCCCAUAUCAUCGACUGGUUUCAUUUGGUGCUUAUCACAAUGAUUUUAUGCUCACGAUUGAAAGGGUGCUUCCACCACAGGCUCAUCCUGAGGAAACUGCACGAGAAAGAUUGACUUUUUCCAUGCCUUCAAAAAAUAUCGAGCAGGUAGGUGUCGGACUCACCCUCUUGCUAAUAGUUUUAUAAAU